UGCCCCAUGGAAGCCAAGGAAACUUCCCACAAUUUGUCUUUGGCCUUUAAAGAAAGACAAAAUAUUAUUUACUUAGAUGUUUUUAGGUUCCAAAGACUUAGGAGAUGUUAUCGCCCGCGAACAUCCUCUUGGUUUAGCUCAUUCUAAUUCUCUUCCACCACCAGCCACCAGACAUCAGUACUGGAGAGUGAAUCUUAUACAAGCCAGCAUUGAAAAUGGUUUCUGAAUUAAUAAAUGCCAACCCCGUUGUGUAUGAAAAGAAGGAGCGUCGAGAUAGGGGUGCAACAACUGUUCUGGACGAAUAUGCAGCUGAACCUAUCGACCAGCUAGAAAUUUUUGACCAUAUUAGAGAUAUAAAAGAUCCAGAGCAUCCCUAUUCUCUGGAAGAACUGAAAGUUAUAACAGAAGAUGCGGUUGAGGUAGAUGACAAGCGAAGCUAUGUAAGGGUCACAUUCACGCCUACGGUUGAACAUUGCAGCAUGGCGACUGUUAUUGGAUUAUGCUUGAGUGUGAAGCUUAUGCGAAGUUUGCCUUCCCGUUAUAAGGUUGAUAUUAGAGUAGCACCUGGGACUCAUGCUACGGAAGCUGCAGUAAAUAAGCAGUUGAACGAUAAAGAACGCGUAGCUGCAGCAUUGGAGAACCCUAACCUCGUCGACAUGGUUGAUGAAUGCCUCGCUCCAUCGUAUGCAUGAAGAAGCUUCUGUUUAGGUGUAUGGAGAUCCAGCCUGAUCGAAGGCUUUUCCUUGAGCAUGUUAUAUUGCCUGUUGUGAAUGUUUUCUAGACCUCUUUUCGUUGUUUUUUUAAUUCAAUUAUUAAUUUCAUAGUUGCAUUAGGAAAGUACUUUCUUCGGCUAGUUUUACUUGUCCAACUUUUUCUUUCUAAUUUUCAGUAUGUCAUCAAAGAAAACAAAUUUUAGGGGAAAAGUUUUGAGUUGAGCUCUAAAUGACAUUGGUAUCUUUUAGUAACAAGAAAUGGUGAAAAGGUAAUAUAUUAUGUGGUGUA